AUGUCCUGGAGAGGAGACAACACUACCACUAAAGGGGCUAGUUCUGUCAGUACCACCCCAGUCUUUGACCAAGAUACUAGUAAUGAUAUAGUUGCAUUUCCAAAAGGUUUCCUGUUUGGAUCCGCCACCUCUAGUUAUCAGGUAGAAGGCGCGGCUCACGAGGAUGGACGAGGCAUGACUGUGUGGGAUACCUUUUGUUAUCAGGGUGGACACGUCUUGAACAAUGACACGGGAGAUGUCGCCUGUGAUCACUACCAUUUGUUCGAACGAGAUGUCCAGCUCAUGAAACAGUUGGGCUUGCAGGGAUACCGCUUCUCCAUUGCCUGGACAAGGAUCCUUCCCUCGGGAUACUACAACAAAGAGCAAGGCGUCAAUCAGGCGGGGAUCGAUUUUUACAAUAGACUGAUUGAUACCUUGAUCGAACACAAUAUUGAUCCUUGGAUCACUCUUUUUCAUUGGGAUCUACCGCAACAGCUCGAGGAUGAUGUCGGCGGUUGGCUGGAUCCGAGUGGCAUAGUGGUGGAUGCGUUUGCAAACUAUUCACGCAUCUGCUUUGAGGCUUUUGGAGAUCGCGUCCAACACUGGAUCACUCUCAACGAACCUUGGACCGUCGCCGUCCAUGGCUACAAUGAUGGAAUCAAGGCUCCCGGGAGAAAUUCCAACGGGGCCACGGAAACGUAUAUUGUCGCACACAAUCAACUUCUGGCCCAUGCCAAGGCAGCGACUAUUUUCAAACAAGAAUUUUCCAAAACACAAGGUGGAUUCAUUGGCAUCUCCAACUCGGCAGACUACAGGUAUCCACUCGACCCCAACUCACCAGACGAUAUCCAGGCUGCCGAACGAGCCAUGUUGUUUCAAUUUGGAUGGUUCAUGGACCCAGUCAUCUUUGGGGACUAUCCUGACGUCAUGCGGCAACGAUUGGGGAGUCGCUUGCCCGUAUUCACGCCCGAACAACAAGAGCAAUUGCAAGGAUCCUGUGACUUUUUGGGAAUCAACACGUACUCGUCGGCCCUCACCACGAAACCCAAAAAGGAACCGGAAUGGGGAGGUUAUUGGGCCGACAUGUUUGUCACCACACAAAACGAUCCCAGCUGGAAAAAGAACUCUAUGGGAUGGGCCAUUGUUCCAGAUGCCACCAGGGAGCUGCUACUCUGGAUCCGUGAAAGAUACGGUAACCCACUGUUGUACAUUACAGAAAAUGGCACCGCCGAGGACGACCAUGAUGUCGAAACGGCGCAGCACGAUGAAAUCAGACGAAGCUUUUUCGAAGGCCAUUUGCGAGCUUGCGCCGAAGCGAUAGAUGCAGGAGUCAGACUGGCGGGGUACUUUGCGUGGAGUUUGAUGGAUAACUUCGAGUGGGAGUAUGGAUAUCAACGGAGAUUUGGUAUCUGCUACGUGGACUUUGAAACACAGGUUCGAACACCAAAGAGUUCUGCCUUGUGGUAUAGCGAAACGAUCGCCACCAACGGCGGCAACAUUGCCAGGAAGAGACAAUGA